AUGCAGCCAGUACAGCCUAUCGGCGAGUACGACCUACACCGGAUACCACCUCCCUCAGGCCCAGGCGCAGGACCUCCACAACGGCCCGGGCAAUACCGCGGAGGAGGAGGACGACACCGGGGAUCGAACCCGGGACCUCUCGGAGGCAUACCAGCAAUCGUGAUCCCGGGGAUCGGGCAAUUACCGCCCAUCCCGCCGCACGUGGUGAAAUUCAUCCGCAAAUUUGGGCCGUUGAUCUUGAUCAUCACGCUGCUGUUCGCCGUGCAAUACCUUCUCCUGUCGAUCUACAUGAACGUGCGGCGAAUCAAAUCCGACGUGAAGGAACAGUGCGCGUCGCUCCAGGCGGAUCUGAAUCUGACGGCGUGGGGGCACAUGGAGGGCGUGCGCAACGAGAACUGGCGGCAGCACCGCAUGGUGGGACGUGGCACGUACGGAUUGGUCCAGUGGUCCGCGUAUCGGAUCCAGGAGGGCGUGGUGGUCGGGGUAGGGUUUGGCGCGACGCUGCUGCGGCCUCACAGGAAGAUCACGUCGUGCACAUGGCACGGGGCGGACGGGGUGACAAUACUGGGGGACCCAUCGCUGCACUACCCGCGGGACGAGCCGCACGAGCAGUACGAAACCAUCAUCAUUCGCUGCGACCUGCGCGGGAAAGUGGUUACCAACCUCGGCGGUUACCUCGUGGUCGGAAUCGACAACGAGCAUAUAAUCCUGUACCGGGAGGAUCGGGACUCCCCGACCCACGCGCUGCUGUCCACGACCCACCCGUACCGAGCCUCUUUCUGCACGUACCCGAUUGCCGACCCUGUGGACGGGGCGAGGCUCCGGGAUUGGCUGCAUGUGCACCGGGCGUACGGAGCGGAGCACGUGGUUGGGUACGAUGCGGGCGGCGUGGACCGGGCGGCGCUGCGUGAAGUGAAGGAGUUUCUGGAUGAGAAGUUUCUGGAGGUGCUGCCGAUGAGGGAUGUCGUGCACUUCAGGGUGCAAGCGCAAGGCAAGGGUGCAAGCGCAGGGAAAGGUGAGUCUGGGUUUAGGGGGCGGCGGGGGGAGCGGGCGACGCUGCGUGAAGUGAAGUUUCUAGAAGUGCUGCCGGUGCGAGACGUGGUGCAUUUUGAGGUUCUGGCUCACGGCAAGCUCAUGGCAAUGCACGACUGUCUCUACCGCUCCACACUCACCUCCUCGUGGGUCUUGUUCCUAGACUGGGACGACAUCCUCCACAUCAUCUCACCGCCCUCCUUGUCCCCUCAUCUCUCAUCUCCCCUCCUCUAA